GGCGUGAGCGCCAGGGAGGGGGACGAACGGGGCCAGGUUCUUCAGAAGACAAUGAGGUCAUUCAACCAGGUUUCAUCAGCCCCAGGCGGGGCAGGCAAAGGUGGUGGAGAAGAGCCCGGGAAGCUGCCAGAGCAGGCAGAGGACGAAUCCCAGGUUUUGCACGGAACUGGCCACUGCAAGUGGUUCAACGUGCGAAUGGGAUUUGGAUUCAUCUCCAUGAUAAGCCGAGAGGGAAGCCCCUUGGAUAUUCCAGUCGAUGUAUUUGUACACCAAAGCAAAUUAUUCAUGGAAGGAUUUAGAAGCCUAAAAGAAGGAGAACCAGUGGAAUUCACAUUUAAAAAAUCUUCCAAAGGCCUUGAAUCAAUACGGGUAACAGGACCUGGUGGGAGUCCCUGUUUAGGAAGCGAAAGAAGACCCAAAGGGAAGACACUACAGAAAAGAAAACCAAAGGGAGACAGAUGCUACAACUGUGGUGGCCUUGAUCAUCAUGCUAAGGAAUGUAGUCUACCUCCUCAGCCAAAGAAGUGCCAUUGCUGCCAGAGCAUCACGCACAUGGUGGCGAACUGCCCCCACAAGACUGCGGGGCCGCCGCCCGCCGGUUCUCAGGGAAGACAGGAAGCGGAGCCCCAGGCGUGCGCGUCGGCGGCCCCUCGGGAGGCGGGCGGAGGGCCCGGCUGCGCAUCCUUUCCGGAGGCGAGGGCCGAGCCGUCAGAGCGGCCCGGCAGGUCCCCUCCAGAAGCUUCCUCCACCAGGGCGUCCGCGGCAGCAGAAGAACAGAGCAAAAAGGGGCCUUCCGUUCAAAAAAGGAAAAAGACAUAACCCUUCUCUAACGUUAGCGCGUUCUCUCCCCGGUGGGGAAGUCUACCUCAUGCAAAUUCAGGGGAACAGUAUUUCACAUACAGCAGCUGACCUGGGAUUUUUAACUACUGUUGAGGAACUGUGAAUUUUUUUAAACAGACAAAUCACUCUAAGCAAAUCACCUUGGAGCAGGGUGUCAUGUGUUACGUGACUCAGAGGAUGAGAUGCUGUUAUCUGUAUGUACGCGUGUGAGAGGGAGCGAGCCUGAGUCUGUGUGUGUGUAGCAGGAUUUUCUUUAGAAUGUAGACAUAUAUAUAAAGAGGGCUUGUCUUUAUAUAUGUGUGUAUGGAGAUAGAAGCACACACCCUCCCUCCCAGAAUUGGACAUCCCGCGAGAAUCGAAAACUCAAGUGAAGCGUUUUUAGAUGGUUUUGAAAAUAACCCUUGGAGUUUUUCUUGAAAUAACAUUUCCUUUAUAUUACAUUAGAGAAAAAAAAAAAAAGACUGUUACCUUUUAUGUGAA